AAUGCACGCCGAUCCAAGUCCUAUUCCGUCACGCUCAAUAAACCCUCUCGUUUCGCUUCUCUUUUCAAACUCCUAAACCAUAAAACCCCAAACCCACUUCAUCGUAUUCUUCCUCUAUUCUCUCACUUUGCAGUCUCCAACCCUACGGUUCGAUUACCCAAUCAAUCCAAUUCCAUAUCCGAAUCCUUCCAUUUAAACACCAUGUCGUAUCGGCCGACAGCAAACUCCAGGACCGAGCUUCGUCGGAACCGUUACAAAGUCGCCGUGGACGCUGAUGAAGGUCGGCGGCGGCGAGAGGAUACCAUGGUGGAGAUUCGAAAGAACCGUAGGGAGGAGAGCUUGCAGAAGAAGAGACGUGAGGGUCUCCAAUCUCAGCAGAUUCCUGCGUCAGUUCAUUCUACUGCAAUAGAAAAGAAGUUGGAACAGCUACCAGCCAUGGUUGCAGGUGUUUGGACUAAUGACAAUAACAUGCAGUUUGAGGCCACAACUCAGUUUCGGAAGAUGCUUUCAAUUGAACGUAGCCCACCCAUUGAGGAGGUUAUUCAAGCUGGUGUAGUUCCACGGUUUGUUGAGUUUUUAACGAGGGAAGAUUUUCCAAUGCUGCAGUUUGAGGCAGCUUGGGCUUUGACAAAUAUAGCUUCUGGAACAUCUGAAAAUACUAAAGUGGUAAUUGAUCAUGGUGCUGUCCCUAUUUUUGUAAAGCUCCUUGGUUCUCCCAGUGAUGAUGUCCGUGAACAGGCUGUUUGGGCAUUAGGAAAUGUUGCUGGAGAUUCUCCUAGAUGUCGAGAUCUUGUUCUUAGUCAUGGAGCUUUGCUUCCUCUAUUGGCACAAUUAAAUGAGCAUGCCAAACUUUCUAUGCUAAGAAAUGCUACUUGGACACUCUCAAAUUUCUGCAGGGGAAAACCACAGCCUCCUUUUGAUCAGGUUAAACCUGCUCUUCCAGCUCUUGCCAAUCUUAUCCAUUCAAAUGACGAAGAAGUCUUGACUGAUGCCUGUUGGGCACUUUCUUAUCUUUCUGAUGGUACAAACGACAAAAUUCAGGGUGUAAUUGAAACUGGUGUUUGUAGCCGUCUUGUUGAGCUUCUGACGCACACUUCCCCCUCAGUGCUUAUUCCUGCUCUUCGUACUGUUGGAAAUAUUGUCACUGGAGAUGAUUUGCAGACCCAGGUCAUCAUCAACCAUCAAGCUCUUCCUCGUCUCUUGAAUCUCUUGACCAAUAAUUAUAAAAAAAGCAUAAAGAAGGAAGCUUGCUGGACUAUAUCAAACAUCACAGCUGGGAACAAACAACAGAUUCAGGAUGUAAUUGAGGCUGGUCUAAUUGCUCCUCUGGUCUAUUUACUUCAAAAUGCUGAGUUUGAUAUCAAGAAAGAGGCUGCGUGGGCUAUCUCAAAUGCUACGUCAGGUGGAUCUCAUGAACAAAUCAAGUUCCUUGUAAGUCAAGGAUGUAUUAAGCCCUUGUGUGAUCUUCUCAUAUGUCCUGAUCCUAGGAUUGUGACAGUUUGUUUGGAAGGUCUUGAAAACAUCUUGAAGGUAGGAGAAGCUGAGAAAAACGUGAGCAAUACUGAUGGUGUGAAUCUAUAUGGCCAAAUGAUUGAUGAUGCUGAGGGGUUAGAGAAAAUUGAGAAUCUCCAGAGUCAUGAUAACACUGAGAUUUAUGAAAAGGCAGUAAAGAUUCUUGAGACAUACUGGACGGAGGAAGAUGAUGAAACUGUGCCUCCAGGGGAUGCUUCUCAGUCAGGCUUCAACUUUGGUGGCCACGAAUUUCCUUCAGUGCCUUCUGGUGGAUUCAACUUUAUUUAGAAGGCGUUUUGGUUGGUCUAUCAGUAAAGUCUGACAGCCCAGCAGUCGGGGUCAAGUCAAUGCCUUUUCACUGUACUUGGAUCCCUCAAGUUCAGCCUUGGUAAAUAGAGGGUUGCUGGACUCGCUUGGGUUAUGGCUGGGUUUACAUACAUCAUGAGACAGAUGAGUUGUGGCUUGAUUUUCUUAGCCACUUUAGAUUUAUAGAUACUGGAGUUUGCUUUCUGCCAAAUGAUCAACUGAUCAUUCCGCGAGUGAUUUGGUUUCUAGAAAAUUUAUGUUCAGUCGUGAUAUUUUCUGUCAUAGAUUGGAGUCAGUAAGCACCAUUUGUAACUCUGGAUGUUUUGGCCCGAUACCAUCACAAAAAUGCCACUAUCUUUCCUUCA